AUGUCGAAACACAAUUUGCUACUGUUAUUACUAUUAAUACUGCUAUUUAUCCAUGUCUAUCACAGUGACUUGGUUACAUGUCAAAGCAGUAUCGAUGUCAAGUAUAAAAUAACAACUUUAGUGAGUGGAAUUUCAGCUGAUGGUAGAAUUGACCAAGGAUUAAAUGGCGAUAUUUACUUUACUGAAAAAGUUGAUAAUUACAUAUCCAAGGCCAAUAUCAAAACAGGAAUAGUUACACGACUCAUUGGCACAGGUAUUGGUGGAUUCAAUGGAGAUGGAUUAUUAGCCAAUUUGACACAAGUCAACUCGCCAAAAGGAGUUUCAAUUUCUCAAAUAAGUGGUGACAUUUAUUUUGCAGAUUCGUCUAAUAAUUUGAUCAGAGUAAUGAAUGCUGCAACGAAUAUUGUAUCCACCAUUGCUGGAACUGGUUCUUUUGGUUUCAGUGAAGGAAAUGCCACAUCCAGCAAGUUAAAUAAGCCAACUGAACCAGUUUAUUGGAAUGGUCAAUUGUUGUUUGCUGAUUCGUUGAAUUAUAGAAUUAGAAAGGUGGAUCUUUCGAAUGGAAUGAUUUCUACCUUGACAGGAACUGGAAUUUCUGAAUUUAAUGGUGAUGGAUUGGCAUUGAUUGUUUCAAUUACUGAAAUUCAGGCAUUGACAGCAACUUUGAAUGGAGAUUUAUAUUUUGCAGAUUCGGAUAGUUUUAGAAUUAGAAAAUAUAUUCAAUCGACAAAAUCUGUAAUUACAUUGGUUGGCUCCACCAAUAAUUAUAGAGAUGGAUUGGUCAACCAAUCACUUUUGAGUUAUCCAGAAGGUGUUUCAGUAGCUUCAAAUGGAGAUGUCAUAUUUAGUGAUAAUUCUAAUCAUGUUAUUCGAAAGAUUUCCAUUUCUAAGGGUAUGGUAUCAACCAUUGCAGGUACUGGAAGUGCAGGAGCUGCAAUUGACAAUGUGGAUGCUACCAAUUCUCCAAUGCAGUUUCCUUCAGGUGUUUUGGUCAACUCACAAGGAAUUAUUUAUGUGAAUGAUAAUGAUAAUAAUCGAAUUAGAGUAUUGACACCGUAUUGCAGUGAUUCGAAUUAUGAAUUGAUUGAUGGAGUUGUUUGUAGAAUGAAAAAUUGUUUUGGAAUUGCAAUUAAUGAGUCAACUGUGUGUUCUGGACAUGGAAAAUGUAAUUCGGAUAAUAAUUGCACGUGUUCUUUUGGAUAUUCUGGUAAUGAUUGCUCAAUAUUGGAUGCGUGCUCACUUUUUACUAGUAAUUAUGCAUGCUCAUCAAGUUUUAACACGAGUGAGACUAAAUUGCUUACAGUUUCGAAUAUUACACAACUAGAUUCGUCGAUUAUUCAAUUUUCAUCCACUAGUUCAAUUUCAAUUUCACUUCCUUCCUCAAUUUCACAAUAUUUACAAGCCACAGAUACAAACUUAUCCAAUGAAACCAUUUCAGUACUGAGUUUACUUUCUGCUAACAAUGCCAAAGAUUCCAACUUGGUUUCUCCAAUAGUUUCGUUAACUUUAUACAAAUCCAGCACAAAAUCUGAAAUCCAAAUUCAAAAUCUCAAAGAUCCAAUUUCAAUCCAAUUCCAAAUCAACACAACUGUACCAUCCAUCUCAUCAUUGAAUAUCACAUGCUCGUAUUUCAAUGAAAUUCAAAAACUUUGGAUUUCAGAUUCGACCAUCAAAACAAUAAUUUCCAAAAUUGAUACAAUUAACACUCUCUCAGAUGGAAAUGUAACAAUUUCUGUUUCAUUGAAUUGUGAAACGAGUCACUUGACUUCAUUUGGAAUAAUCGAUCAGAAUUAUAAGAAAGCAAAUAAGGAAUCUCAAACCAAAGAUGAUUCAGUCAUGUUACAAGAUAAUACUACUGUAUUAAUUGCUGCAAUUGUUGGAAGUGUUGGUGGAUGUUGUGUUUUGGUAACUAUUCUCGUGAUCAUUAUUUCAGUUAUCAUUCUAUUAAGAAGAAGACAUAAACAUUAA